AUGUCUGAACUACUCGAGAAAUUCAAACCUUUAUCAGUGGACCAACCAGCUUCUCUUUCCAGAGAACAAGAAGCUGUCGCAGCUCAAUGGAAAUCAAUUGUGCUAAAGGGUAACCUUGCCAAUGACCUUGACGAAUUGAACCUACGUUUGAGAGACAAUGCAUUUAUUUUGGCUUCAACUCAACCAACUGACACCGAUGUUGAGGUUUUUGAAGUUGCAUUGCCAUUGAUCAAAGAAUUGACCUUCAGCACUAAGGACAUCAAGGCUACCUACGGGAAAUACAGACACAUCUUGAGAUGGAUUGACUAUUUGCAAAGACUACUGUCCCUUCCAGAGAGUGAGCAAUUGAAGAUCAACUACGAUUUGGAACUGCCACAUGAAGUCAUUGAGAAGAAGAAGAAGGCUAGCGAGGCCAAGAAGGAGGAAGCACCAGCUGCAGCUAAGAAACAAGAGCAAUCCGAAAAACCUAGAGGCAAACCCGAUGAAGAGACUCUAAAAAAAUUGAGAGAAGAAGCCAAGGCUAAGAAAGCCGCUAAGAAAGCUGCACAGGCUAACCAACCACAACAGAAGCAAGAGAAUGAGAAACCAAAGCCAUCUGCCAUUGAUUUCCGCGUUGGUUUCAUUCAAAAGGCUAUCAAGCACCCUGAUGCUGAUUCGUUGUAUGUCUCUACUAUCGAUGUGGGUGAUGCAGAAGGUCCAAGAACCGUUUGUUCUGGUCUGGUGAAGCAUUUCCCAUUGGAAGCCAUGCAAGAGCGUCUAGUUGUCUGCGUUUGUAAUUUGAAACCUGUUAACAUGAGAGGUAUCAAAUCAUCAGCCAUGGUGCUAUGUGGUUCCGAUGAGACCAAGGUUGAAUUCGUGGAACCACCAGCUGGCUCAAAGGCCGGUGACAAGGUCUUUUUCGAAGGUUUCGGUGACGAAGAGCCAUUGAAGCAAUUGAACCCAAAGAAGAAGAUCUGGGAACAAUUACAACCACACUUCACCACCGAUGAGAAGCUGGAAGUAGUGUUUAAGGAUGAUGAGGACAAGGAGAAGCCAGUGAGAAAAUUGACCAACUCUAAAGGUGAGAUUUUUAAAGUCGCUUCUUUGAUGAAUGCUCAAGUGCGUUAA